AUGGAUCACUACUCGUCUAUGGAAGCCCUUCUCCCUUGCUACCUCCACCGGCCCAAGGACCGGGAGCGUGUUGUUGUUCCGCAAUUCGAGCACCGUCUCAACCUCUGCCGCGCAUGGAAGAUUCCCACCGGCGCCCGCAUUCUAGACAUUGGCUGCGGCCAGGGUGAGUCGACUCUGAUCCUAGCCGAUGCGGUCGGCCCAGACGGGCACGUCACGGGCGUUGAUACCGCGCCGGCCGACUACGGCGGUCCGGUCACCGUCGGCCAGGCGCAAAGUUUCAUUCUCAAGUCGCCAUACGCGAGCCGCUUGACCUUUGAGCGCGCAGAAGUCAUUGAAGUUCUGCAGCGCGUCAACGAUAAGACUUUUGACAAGAUUCAGGUACAAUCAUCUGCGCAAAACGCAUCCACAACUGAAGAGAACGCCGUCAAUCACCUACCACCCUCCCCCGGCCCAGAGCCCAUCUUUGACGGCGCAGUCUUUCUACACAGCCUCUGGUACGCCCGCUCCCGGGAAAUUGUCGCCUCGCUAUUUACUAUGCUUGCCAACGCACGGAUCCCACGUAUCUAUAUCGCAGAGUGGAUGUGCCAGGCAAACAAAGUCGCCCAGGAGCCGCACUAUCUCGCUGCGCGCGCCCAGAUGCUGCUGCACUCGUACAAGGCUGUCGAGGACAAGUCACCGCGUUUAGACGAGCAGAAUAUCCGUGCCGCGUUGCCCCCAGACGAGCUAUUUCGGAUUGCUACAAAACACGGGUGGAAACUUGCCAACCGAGGCGAGGUGAGCAUGCCAGAUGGGUAUAUGGAGGGUCACUGGGAGGCCCAGUUUGUGUCAUCGAGCGCGUUUACUAGCGCCAUGGAGCGCGAGACCAUGACUGAGGAGCAGGCAAAGGAGCUACGCGCGUAUGCAGAAUUGGUCAAGGGCGCAUCAGAGGCCGUAAGGAGGAGCGGGAAAAUGGUGGAGAGUAUGAAUGUCGCGUGGGCUGUGCUAGAGCUCGACUCGUAG